AGAGGUACAAGACAAUCCAGAAGGAAGUGCUUUGUCCACCAACUCAAAAAGGAAAAGAUAAAAGUAAAACAAAUAUAGCAGCAAAGACCAGCACGGUGUGGUGGUUCAGAAUAAUUGUGAGUUUUCCACUAAAUGAUAACAAAAUUAAUUGUGAUUCAUAAUUUCAGUAAACACACAUAGAUAAAGUAGCAGGUGUAAUACCUGCAAAUCAAACUCAGGUGUGACAAAUAAAUGAGAAACAAAACAAUCAAAUGAAAGCAAAAUAAAAAUGGAAGGAAAAGAAAGAAUUAAUUUAAAAGGAGUCACCAAAAUAAAAUAUCUACGUAGAUUUACUCUAUUUUCUUAAUAUACUGAUGGGAUAUACUGCCUGAUAACUGUGGCAAUGGCUCAUCAAACACCCGCUGGUGGUUGUCUAGCAUUCACACAAACAUUCAAGCAGCUUUCCAUCCAGAGAAGCUAAGAGGCAGGCACUAGGACCUGCAGCUUUCUGCAGACACACAGAUCUUACAGCGUCUGAGACGCUUCUCACUUUCUUUCUGAACAAUUUUCAAACAAGUGCAAGAAUCAGAGAGGACUGUUUGGAAUAAACGCAUGCUCCCUGAUGUGGGAUCCUCUGGAUUUGGACGUAAACGGGAAUAUAAUAUAAUCUGACAUCAGGGAAAGGAGGCAGCACUUCCUUAAAGCGCUGAAGAGUGGAGGCAGAGGUGUGCUGCAUGGGGGGCCACAGCCAGGCCUUAUGGCUGGAGGGGCCCCAAACUCAAUGAGUUCUAAUAACGUCCUCUAGGAGCCUCCGAGGUGAUUCAGUUCAUGUGGAGACACUGAAAGAUUGUGUGCCCAUGAGGUCAUCCAUGCUGGUCCUGUUCCUCUUCUUCAGUGCCCAGGUAGUGGCCAACAUCAGAGGGGACUCGAGCAGCCCCACAACACCGCAGCAGAUCAAUGCCCACUCCAUCCCCUCUGUGGACCCAAACCUCUUCAUCAAGCGCCACCAUCUCUCCCCAAGGGUGCUUUUCAGCUCUCAGCCUCCUGAUGAUGAACCAGCAGGGUCGCAAGGGGGCGGCAGAAGGACCCGCAGGCGAGCAGGACAACCUCAGCACCGCGGGGUAUACUCUGUGUGUGAAAGUGUUAGCGUCUGGGUGGGCAACAAGACCAAAGCCACAGACAUCUCGGGCAAUGAGGUGACGGUGCUCCCCGAUGUGAACAUCAACAAUGUCAACAAGAAGCAGUAUUUCUUCGAGACAACGUGUCACAGUUCUCGACCUGGCAGCUCGGGCUGUUUAGGAAUCGAUGCGAGACACUGGAACUCCUACUGCACCAACUCACACACUUUUGUUCGAGCGUUGACUUCAUUCAAUGACAUGGUGGCGUGGAGGCUCAUACGCAUCAAUGUGGCAUGUGUGUGUGUGCUCAGCCGCAAGUCGUGGCGACAGUGAAGAAUGAGUCUCACACACACACACACACGUGCUGGCUCACACAAAUGAUCCACAGCAAACACAAAGACACAGAAACAUCCAGACAGCUGUGUCUUUCUGCACAUAACUUAUCACCAAAGACUUCUGCACAGAUUAAAUUAUUGGAAUAUGUCAAAGUAUACACACCAGACCUGGGUCAAAGAGUAUCUGCAUUUGGUUUGUGUAAUGUUUAGUCUUGUUUGUUUUGCUCUUGGUUGUUUUUGUUUGAUUUUUUUUUUUUUUUUGCCUGCAUUGAUUCGGUUGGUUGAAAUCUUUCAUUUUACCACUAGACACCACUAUAAAGGCGGAUGAAGACAAAACAGACAUGAGAUUGCACUUUUGGAUGCAGACAGGCUUGCAUAACUGCAUGGACGUACCGGUAUGGGCUCAUCUGGAUAGGAAGUUGUUCCUAAACCAAACCACCCUUUCAUCAUUACCAUGCUUUUUCGUUAAUUAGGAUAACGAGAGACUUGACACCCAAAAGCACAGGCAAAAAACACAAAUAUGUCCCAGAGACUCUGGCCCUGUCCACACGUAGCCGGGGUAGAUAUUAUUCUACGUUUUGGCCUGUCAUCCACACGAAAACAGAGUUUUUUCACACGAAAACGGAUCUUUUUAAAAACUCCGGCCAAAGUGAAGAUCUGCGUUUUCUCCGUUUUGGGUGUCUGUGUGUGGGCAGACAAAACCGGAGUUUUAAGGUCCGCAACGUCACUUUCCGCGACAAAAAAUGCUGACGUCACGUGUGCGACCUGUGUUUACACUAGCUGACAGCAUGGAUGCUCUCAGAGCUGCGCUCGCUUUAUCAAUUGUCCAAGCGCUUUUUGCUUGUUUGUUUUUGCAAGCGGAAUUACUGCUCCUUGCGGAAGACCACAGACGAAGGACGAGGUUAAGAACGGGGGAAGUACUGCCGCCUACAGGUCUGGCAUGUCCUUAACAACGUAUUUAUCCGGGUACGUGUGGACAGAGUUUGUUUUUAAAACGCGGUGGUGUGGAUGCAAGUUUUUGGAGGGGCGGAUAUUCGUUUUUUUUUUUUUAAACUGCUACGUGUGGACUAGGCCUCAGUAAAUACAAUUUGACCCAGGACUGUUAGGAACAAAACGUUUAAUAUUAUUAUGAAUGUUGAUGUUUAUAUUGUUAUUUAUUAAACAUAUUAAAAAAUUCUGAGUGUUUUAUGACCUUGUUUCUGCAUCUCAAAUGAAAUCCUACACAACUUUUAAUACAAAUUUGCAGCCUGUGUGGAAAAAUGUGGAUAAAGCACAUAGGGCCUCUUUUAGUGGUCAGUAAUUUAAUUUAUUUGGCUUUUUUAUUGCAUUUGUUCUACUGGUCUUCGUUCCACCUCAAACAUGAAAUAAAUGGUUAAAGUCAGACAUUAAAACAAAGACUGUCAGUGAUUAAUGUGACUAACUUACUGAUUACAUCAUGGCUUGGUGUAUUAUUUGUUUUGGCAGUAGAAUUUCACUGUUGUCAGCACACAACAAAUUGCUCUGGCAUUCAGUCAUCAUUGGUUGAUUGUUUUGGGUUCAGAGCCCAGUUUUGCAUCACAGCUUGUUUUCCAAGGCUGUCUGUGUGACUCAAUGAGGCUGGAACUGAAACGAAGAAAAAGAAAAGAACGAAACAAGCAUAUGAUGAAGAUUAUGUUUCUGAAAAGUGUUUUUUAACUAAAAUGCAACAUAUUGUGUCUACCUGUCAUACACAUUUGUUUGCUCAACGUUGAAGUUACCAGAAGUGAUGCACUCUAAAGAACAAUGCAAUACCUCUCUCUAGUGGACAAAAGCUGGAAUACACGAUGUCUUCAAAAUAAAACUUGCAAGAAUUUUACAGCACACAUGCACACUGAAACAAUGUGUUUUAAGGAAAAACUCACUGUGCCUGUGCUACAGUUAAAAACGUAUUGUGGCAUGACAUCAUACUGGUGCUAUUUCUAAUUUACU